AUGGUCCCUGUCCUUCCGCAUUUCCCAGAGGUCCACAUCAGCUUAGCUUGUGAAAUCUGGUAAGAUAGACUUCAGAGGGAUAGUUGCACUAUGUGAUACUUUAUUUAUGAACAUAGGAGCUUUUAAGGAAACUUUAUAGCUUUACCAUUGUGAAGAGCAGCAGCUAACAGGAGUUUCAGAGGGCACUGUUGCAGACUCUGUGCAUGAAGAUAGCUGGACUUGGUCUAAUCUCUACCAUCUCAAGAUUCUUCUUUUGUGGGAAAAGGUACCUGAAGCUUUUCCAUUUGUCCCAGCCCAGAAGAAACCACUGAAUCUAUCUCACUAUCAUGGGAAAACUGCCAAACAGCACCAUAGAGAUGCUUAAGAACCAAAUGCUGCAGACCACUUUGCCUGCCCUCUACUUGUUCAUCUUCACCAUCAGCAUUCCCCUCAAUUCUAUCUCUUUGUGGUUCCUUUGCCGUCACUCAAGGCCUUGGACUCCCACCAUUGUGUUUUCAAUUAACCUGACAAUCACGGACUUGCUCUACAGCAUGCUCCUCCCUUUUCAAGUUGUCUACCACUUACGGGGAAAUGACUGGCCCUUUGGACAGGUUCUGUGCCGCAUCAUAACGGUGCUAUUCUAUGCAAACAUGCACUGUUCUGUUUUAACCAUGACGAGCAUCUGCAUAGAGCGCUACCUGAGAAUUGUUCACCCGCUGAAGCACAGGACCAUAAGACCCAUUAGAACAGCUCUCCUGACAUGCAUCAUCAUUUGGAUAUUUGUUUUACUGCUACACUUCCCACUCAUGAAGACAGACCUAACCUUCCAUGUAGAGGAGCUGCAGAUAACCACUUGUUUUGAUAUAUUGCCCAAAGCUAUGUUUCCUUCAAGAAAUCAUUUCAUUGCCUAUUUUGGCUCUCAAGUUCUUCUGUGCUUUCUCCUACCUUUGCUAAUAAUGGCAUUCUGCUACACCUUAGUCAUUCGGACUCUUCUCAAUUCCCCUCCCACACAACUAAGGGAAAUUAAGAAGCAGACAAUGUAUUUGAUAAUAGUGUUGCUUAUAGUCUUUGUAGUAUGUUACGUGCCCAAUAUUGUGAUAUCAAUCAUCCAUUUUGUCUAUAGUACCCAAAAUAAGACUGCUUAUGUGGAAUAUAAGCUGUCUCUGGCUUUGAAUAGCCUUAAUUGCUGCUUCGAUCCACUUGUUUAUUAUUUUGGUUCCAAAGAGUUUCGACAAAAGAUACAGAAGAAGCUCUGCAAAUGCAUGCUUGAUAUAUUCAGUGAAACGGUCAACACCUUUUCGGAACAAGAUGUGCCAAUAACAUGCAGAGAACACGCGCCAAAUAAUUAAAAAAUGUAUUUGAUCUGGAACAGAUUAUAUUAGUCAUUGCACCGAAUCAUCAUCCAGAGAUUUUAGAAGUUGUUCUAUUUUAAAACAUAGACUGUCAAGAGAUACAGAAAAGUACACCAGGCAAUAUAUUGCCACAACUUAUUCUGGAAACAAACCAGGUACUCAGGAAGGCUCAACGUCCAUGGAAAAAGGCACAUCUCUUAACUUGCCAAGAACAAUGCAUUAUGGGACAUAAAUUACUAUAAAUUAGCAACACAAGAAAUGUGUCAGUGCCAGGCAGGGGCGGCUCCAGGCACCAGCGCAGCAAGCGCGUGCCUGGGGCAGCAAGACACAGGGGGCGGCCUGCCGGUCACUGUGAGGGCGGCAGGCAGGCGGCUUUCAGCGGCGCACCUGCCGGAGGUCCGCCGGUCCCACGGCUUUGGCGACAAUUCGGUGGCAGGGACGCCGAUGGUGCGGCACCGGCGGACCUCCCGCAGGCGCGCCGCUGAAUCCACAUGACCAGCGGACCGCCUGCAGGCGCGCCGCUGAAAGCUACCUGCCUGCCAUGCUUGGGGCGGCAAAAAACAUAGGGCUGCCCCUGGUGCCAGGUACCUGCAUUCCCUUGGAAUGUGUUUCUGGAACAUUUUCUAAAACCUGUUUCCCAGUUCAGCAUUUCUAAAAUAAAUAAUUGACAGCAAUAAAAUAAAUACCACGUUUGUGAGGGGCAGAGGAAUAGCUGAGCCUAAAAUGAUUCACAUCCCUUGACUUAGGAGUAAGCAAAGACUGGUGAUUAGCAUCUGUAAUGGGGAAAAGCCAAAAGACAUGCAGACAAGGUUUAAUCUGGUCAUGCAAAUUUUAUUUCCUCCUUAUCAGUAUUUACUUGACUGGCAUAUUCAGUCUGAAAGCAUAAAGUUUAUGCUCCUUUUUCACUGACACUGCUUUGACAGGCCAUUUAUAGACAAGGCCCGUUUUACUAUGCAAUGUAUUAUACCUCACUUAUGUGGCAAGACCCAGCAAAGAAGAGAACCCACCAGCAGCAGCCUACUGGUCCAAACCUUUCUGGUUUCAGAGACUGGUCUAGUGCAGCCUAACCCAAACCCAUGGUGCUCAUGGAUUGGCUCUAAGGGUAUGUCUACACUGCAGUUAGACCCCUGUGACUGGCCUAUGCCAGCUGAUUCAGGUUCACUGGGCUCAGGCUAAGGGGCUAUUUAAUUGUGGUAUAGACAUUCCGGCUCAGGUUGCAACCCAGACUCCAGGACCCUGUGAGGUUGGAUGGUCCCAGAGCGUGGGCUGCAGCUUGAGCCUGAACAUCACCACCACAUUUAAACUGCCCCCUUAGUCUGAGCCCCGUAGCCUGAGUAACAGGCCAACUGUGGAUUUUUAAUUGCAGUGUAGUCAUAUCCUAAAUUCCCCCUCCCUUGGUGUUAUGCUGCAGAAACAACAGCAGCUCAGGGUCGGUGUGGGGAAGGUCUCUUGUCAGGCAGAGCUUGGUCUCAGGGGAGUUCUGAGCAGUGGUCUGCAGCUGAAGUGCUGUUAAAAUUCAAAGGAAGCAGAUUUGCAAGUGCAACUUCUCUCCUUAGAAGCUCUGCAGCUGAGGAAGGCACCUGUCAUGCAGGGUUCCCGAACUCUUCCUAUGCAGCCUGUCUGCCCUGAAAGGUUGAGUGCCUCCUGCUCCUACCACUUCUCCAUAUAUUUUAUUUUAUCUCCUCAGCUAUUUUCUGCCCCUCCCCCCCACUAUUCCAUCAGGCUCACUGGCUGUCCAUAUAAAUUGUACAAAAAGGAAAUUAUGCAGCAGGGUAGUCCUGUAGGCUAAUGCACUGUCCCAUGCACCAAAGAAUACUUUCCAUUCACAGGAUUUUGGUCCUUUUUUCUCCUGGGGUAUGGUUUUAUUUCUUCAAAAAUAAAGCUGUUUAACAAACAUUCAACAUAUCAGUUGUGUCUUUUCCCUGUCCCAGUGUCCUCUUCAGAAGCCUAUCUGUUCCCCUCAGCUCUUAUGCUCAUUCCUAGCCUGAUUCCUGCAGAAUUACACUCCACAGGCCAUCAACUUGGAAGCUGCAUAUGAACUAGGUUCUCACUGAUUAGACAUCCAACUAUCUGAUUGGUAAGUGCACAUUUAGAAUUUUGCAUGUACACUUGCGCACACAAGCUUAUAGAU